UUCUGAUUUGAAAGGAUUUUUAAAAUCAUAUAAAACAACUUCCUAGUUGCAGCAGUAGCUGGUGUAUGUUCUGAAAUAAGCUCCUAUGUUAGGAACUAAUACUGGGCUCUGUGGUAACACAAGCAACAGCCUGGGACUUCUAAAAAUUAGGGUUUUCUUACCUUUCAAUGUAAUUAUAUCAGAAAUGUCACAGUUUGUAAAACAUGCAGCAUUUUAUAAACCCUUGAGGUGGAGUUGGUCCUGAUGUCCCUUGUGAAUACGACUAACAGUACGUGACGCGGUUUGAAGCAAGCUGCCAGAUACGUUACCAAAUACUUUCACUUCUGCAUGUACUUGGAUCCUGUUUCUUUUCACUGCACAAACGUUUAAACGCUCAUCUGGACCUGUGCUCUCUCCAUUUGGACUUUAAGACAGUUUUUCUUUUAAUUGUUGAAGUUUUUCUAUCCUGCUUUUGCUAUGGCUCUGAUGGAAAUUAUCCUCAUCUUCAGUCAGUUUCUAACAUUAGGAAGGACGUUAAGUACCAUUUUUUUUCCAUGUGAUGCAGAUGAGAAAUCCAACUUUGUGGACUGCUCCAGCAGACCUCUCAAGCACAUUCCCCUCAUAAGGUCCAACACUGUGUCUGGGAUUGAUUUGAGUCGUACUAAAAUAGACUUCGUGAGCAACCAUGCCUUCACAGGUGUCCCAAACCUAAACACUCUGAUAUUAAUGGGCAAUUGUCAGCCAGGCAACCUGAGAACCCUGGAUCAAGACCAAUGCAAACUGGAGAUCUACCCUGAUGCCUUCAAACACCUGACAAAUCUCACAUCUCUGUAUCUGUCAGGAAAUAGCCUCACCUCCAUACCUUUGUUACCAGAAAGUUUACAAAUUCUUGAUCUGCAGAAUAAUCACAUUUUUAAUAUCUUUGUGCCUUUAAAUACCCCAAUUCUCGAAGUUCUGUUACUUACCAAAAACUGCUUUUAUGCAAACCCUUGUAACCAAUCCCUUUUCAUAAAUGAGACUGUUUUCAGAGAGCUCCCUAAGCUUAAAAAUCUUACACUGGGGUAUGACAAUUUGACUGCUGUCCCAAAGUGGUUGCCACCUUCACUUGAGCUACUUGAUUUAAGGGAGAAUACAAUCACGGAGGUCCCAGAAAAAGCAUUUGCCUACCUGACUAACCUCAAGUCCCUGAAUAUGGAGUGGAAUUGUCAGCGAUGUGACCAUGCAGCAAGACCCUGCUUUCCAUGCCCACAAAAUCUCCCUUUGAAGUUGCAUCCAAACUCCUUUUAUUGUGAAAACAGCUCCUUGCUCUACCUCAGCUUAAGAGGGAAUUCACUGAAAACAUUUCCCGAGGGCCUUUUCACACCGCUGAAGAAUUUAAAACGAUUGGACAUCUCUGACAACCUUCUGUCAUAUGCUAUACGAAACGGCACUUUUUUCAGAGAGUUGACAAACCUCACUUGGAUUAGCCUCAUCUAUAACUACGAACCUCUGAAGACCUUUCCAGAGCUGGUCCUCUCCCCUUAUAUUGGAAAUAUAUCUGGUCUGGAAGCUAUUUUGCUGAGUGGUAACUUUUUCCACACAAUUCCCGAUAAAACCUUUGAAGUUUUGUCCCAACUUGAGCAUCUUCAACUACUGGAACUGAGAAUGAAUUUCAUAAUCACUUUUAACUUGGCCUCAUUGAAGAAGUUAUCGUCUCUCACUUACGUAGUCCUCUCCCAAAACAUGCUUAAUUUUCUGCCAUGCUGCUCAGAAUCAUCAUUUGGGUUUGCGGUACCAGGCGGCUGUCAGAACCAUAACUUGCAUAUAGAUCAUUUCCAGGACAAGCCUGCUAUGAUAAUUGACAGAGAGCCAACUUCUACAAGGGAUGUCUGGGAAUCUAACGAGCCAAACGUUAAGGAAAUAAAGGAAGAUGUGUGUAAGACUCCAUCUCUGUGGAACCAAAGAUCCAUUUACUGUAAAAAUUAUUUGACAUUUGACCUUUCUCAAAAUGAUAUUUUAGCUCUUAAGGAAAAUGUGUUUGAAGGAAUGGAAAAUGUGGUUUGUUUAGACCUCUCUUUCAAUUACAUGAACCAGAGGUUGAGAGCUGGCCUGUUUGACAAAAUGAAAAACUUGAUUUUCCUUAAUAUGUCUUACAAUAGGCUUGAUUUUUAUGACAAAGAUAUCUUCAGUGAACUUAGAUCAACACUGAAGCUCUUAGAUGUUAGUAACAAUGACUUUCAUUUUAAAAUGAGGGGCAUGGGCCAUCGGUUUGAGUUUCUACAAAAUCUGACUGAGUUAGAGGUGCUAAGCCUGGCAAACAAUGGCAUUGGGACACGGAUAGAUUCAAGGCUGAUCAGCAGUUCUUUGAAGUACCUUUACUUUAAUGGUAAUAAUCUUGACAUUAUGUGGGGUUCCGACAACAAUAAGUACACUUAUUUUUUCCAAAAUCUGACAAAACUUGAAUACCUUGACAUAUCGGACAAUCAUUUGCAGUCAGUAUCACCAGAAGUGCUUUGUAACCUCCCAGUUAGCCUUAACAGUCUGCGAAUCAGCACCAAUUACCUGACAUAUUUCCCCUGGCAAAAUAUCUCAUUUCUUAGCAACCUACGCCACCUGGAUCUGAGUUAUAACAUCCUAAGUGAUUUGAUUGCCGAAGCAAUACAAUUUGGGGACAAGUUUUUACAUCUGGACCUCAGUCACAAUCUCCUUACUUCCAUUCCAGAUAAUUUCUUUAGUGAAGCAAAGUCCUUGCAGUGCUUGUUUCUGAGUCACAAUCAGAUUAAAGAGUUGAACCACCAGCAUCUCCCUGCUCCCUUUAUAAAUGGCAGCCACCUUCAGAUCCUCACCCUGGAUAACAACCCCUUUAAAUGUGAUUGCAAUACAUCCUGGUUUGCUGAUUACUUGCGCACCACUGCAGUAAAGAUUCCUCAUUUAACAACACACGUGUGCUGUGAAUUCCCAGAGUCACAGCAAGGACAGGUUCUACUAUCUAUGGACCAGCGUUCCUGCCAGGAUAUCUAUGGAAGCUUAAGCUUCUUUGUGUCUUCUUUCUUGGCUGUGGCAUUUACCAUUCUUCCUCUGCUGAAGCAUCUCUAUGGCUGGGAUGUCUGGUACUGCUUGCAAGUGUUCUGGGCAGGACUCAAAGGCUACUCCCAGUUGCCUGGUAUUGAUUCAGGUCAUCACUAUGAUGCUUUUGUAGUGUUUGACACUGGGAAUGUGGCUGUGAGGGACUGGGUUUACACUGAGAUGACUGCUAAUCUGGAAAACGCAGGCAACAGGAGGUUUCAACUUUGCUUGGAAGAAAGAGACUGGGUUCCUGGCCUUUCGUGUAUCGACAAUCUACACAAUGCUGUACACAACAGUGUGAAGACGGUGUUUGUACUGUCCAGGGGUGCAAAUGGAUGUGAGGUGGUAAACGGUGUGACCCGCCAAGCUUUCUUCAUGGUUCAGCAGAGGCUUCUAGAUGAGAAGGUUGAUGCAGCUGUACUGGUUCUGCUGGAUGAAAUGUUUCCGAAACUGAAGUACCUCCAGCUGAGGAAGAGACUGUGCCGGAAGUCUGUUUUGUCCUGGCCGAGAAACCCAAGGGCUCAACCUCUUUUCUGGAAUCGAAUGAGGAUGGUACUGUCAUCUGAUAACCUCAAGCAUUAUGACAACAACAUAAGUGAAAGUUUUAUUUGAUUUUUAUUAUGUCACAUUCUCCCAGUGUAUUUCCUACUGUGAUACUUUUUCUUUGUGUGCAAUGUUCCAUCCAGUCUUUACCUAUUGUACGGCGCUUUGUGAUGUCCUUAUCUGUGAAAGGUGCUUUAUGAAUAAGUUUUACUUACUCGAUUUUCCUUCAGUCGAAAUAACUUGUAAAAUGUCUAGUUUUUAAAAUGACCUCAGUUUGACAAAUACAAAGUAAAAGUGCUGAUUUUAUUUCUCAUUUUUCAUGUUUCACUUUGUUAUACUGGUGAAAAAACACUUAUUCGUUACGCCUCCUGAUUUGGACCUCAGCAGUAAAGAUUGUUCUUUUUAUUUUGUGACAUCAAAAAUGGGAUUUUGUUACAUUUACAUUUUUACAAGUAUUUUUAAAACUGAAUAAUCUUACCUUUAAACAUGGUCUGAAGUUGUUGAAACAGUGUUUCAGAAACACUGUUAUUACACAAUAAACUUUGCUCUUGACAAAACCAGUUCCUUGUACAUUUAACAAAAAUAUUAUAGUACAAUGCGCCUGCACAAUCCACCCACUUGUUUGAAUUUUUCACUUCUCUUUGCUUUGAUGCAAAGAGGAAAUGAAACUUGGAAGUCUUCUAAGUUACAGGUCAAUAACAACAUCAUCAACUGCUAUUUAAGCCUAACAUCGCCUGUUAUUCUGAAUAAAUUGUUAAGCAAUGCUAAAGGUCUACAGGCAGGUGGAGGAGAUUCCUUUUUACUGUAACAAGUCAAAUCAAAUGUUAAAAGUCACAAGUUCUCACAAGCCUAUAGCCUACAGAUGAUGAGUUUGCAUCUUAGUUUCACUUUUGCCUCAUGAUGGCUCCACUUGAGAAACAGAAUAUCUUUUCUGGGGUUGAAACUAGUUUUCUGUUGUGUUUUUGAUGAAUAAAGCAAAGGUGAAAUUAACUGAUAUCUCCUGUCUAGUUGAUGUAUGACAUGGAGCUUUACUAAAUUUGUGGUGAAUUUUCAGUGGCACCCACAAAGGCCACCCUUAUAAAUUAGUCACCCAUCAGAUACUUUAAGUGCAUAAUACUGUUUGCUGAGAAGGGCUUUAAGAAAAUAAAAAUAAAACAUGCUUCAGUGAGUUUAGACUUCUUGAACUGGUUUUAUUAGGAAGGGUCUUGAAUUUGCUCCCAUAGCUGUUAUUUGUGUUUUGUGCGGUCAUUCUCCAUUAUUUAUUUAUUUAGUACUAAGUAUACCUCAGUUGUGAAUAUUGUCAGUGUUACUAUUAUUUGUUACCAUAGUUGGAAUUCAAUGCUAAACCUAACAUAAGUAUGCCACACUGGUUAACCUUUUAAAUCUGUAUUGAAAUAUUACACUUAAUGUAUGUUGGGUUAGAAAAUGAGGAUUAUUAUUUUCGCUUAUGCAAAUAGCAGUGAAGCAGACAGAUAAUGUUAUGUGUAAAUGAAGGUGGAAUUAAAUAUAUCAUCUUCCCACUUCUUUUCAGGAAUUAAUGUUCAUUAUCUAAAACAUGAAAAUAUUUUGGAGGUGGAUUAUCACCUAGAUCCGUGGCUCCCAACCCCUUUACUUAUGUCCAAGAUGAGCCAGGACCCCCCAACCCUUACCCCCACACACAUCAAGUGAUUAAUUACAAACUUCAUACAGAUAUUCAGUUAUAACUAAUACAGAAUUUUGAUCACACUAUUGGGUGUGUUAUUGGGAUUUUAUAAGUGUAAUGCUUACAAUAUAAUCUGUGUAAUCUUGCAACCUUAGCACAGACAAAAUAUUGAGGAUUCCCUUAUCGAAAUAGAUGGAAAAUGCCUGGAAUGAAACAAUUAAAUAAAAAGUCCCAUUGCACAAAAUACUUCCAUAAAAUAGGAAACUAAAAUUGGCCUUUGUGGUUUUUAAAAGGCUCAUUAUGGGUGUUGUCUCACCAGAGGAAGAUGGUUAUUUGAGCCCUGAAGAAGUUACUAUCACUUAUUUGUUUGCCUAACAGUCACCCCCAUCUCAAGGCCGGAUUAACCAUGUGGGCAACUGGGCAAUUGCCCAGGGGUCCACGAACUCUAAAGGGCCCAGGGCAGCAAGGGCACGAGCAAAAUACUGUAUCUGUAGUCUCCCACUUUGUAUUAAACUAGGGUGACCAUACGUCCUCUUUUCCCCGGACAUGUCCACUUUUCACUCUCCGUCCGGCGUGGUUCUUGUAUUGAUGAAAAUGUCCGGUUUUUCAUCCAGGAGCAGGGAUCGAAUUAUGGGGGAGCUGGAUAUCCUACACAUCCAGGGGAGCCAGAAAAUUUUUUUCUACCUAUAUUACAUCAUUUAUGGACUCUUUUCAGCAGAGAGCGGCAGAGUGAUGAUCGUUGGUGUGCAGCGCUCCAGGCUGCAGUGUCCUGCUCACGGUCCAUUCUCAAAGUGGCGCAACCAAAAAACUAUAAUUAACACACGAUUGUUCAUGUCCGCACAUGUUCUCUACUUUCUGUCUUAUUCGUGCCUGAAGAGCUCUGCUACUGCGGAGCUCAUCACCUGUGCUGCGGUGAUUUCACCUCACUGACGCAGCAUUGAAACGCGCACUCCGCUUUGCGUUCAGGAGAUCCCUUUGAUCUGCUCAAAAGUAACUGAUGAGGUGAAAAAGUAAGAAUCCAGGCAGCAGUUUUUGUGGAGAGUUUAGAGGAGAUGCAGGAAGAUGAGAGACACACAGGACAGGAAAAUAGUUAAAUAAAAACAAGAAAACAAAACAAAGUGUUGAAAAGUAAAAUAAGUAGAUUUAUCUCCACUACAUGUUUUUACCUGUAUUAAACAAUAAAUUAUACACAUGUAAUAUUUAUACAUUUUAUGCGGUUCAGAUCACCUUCAAAACUCAGUCGCACACCCAGGGCUGUUUCAAGGCAUUUCAGUUCAAAGAGACUUUAUUAAUCCCAGAAGGAGAUUUUUAUUCAGAGACCAGACAUACAUAGGCAAAGACACAUGACAGGAAUUGGUGACAGUGGUCAUUCACAACCUGAGUUGCGCUACCUUAAUAGAGAACAGAGGGGUUACGUGAUGAUUGGAUCAGGUGGAGGAAAAAAAGGCACUUCAGAGUUACCUGUCAUGUUCCUGGGCAGAGGUGAGUCACACCAUCUCCUCUCACCAGACUCUGAGCUAAUUCUCCACAGGUGAGGAGCAGGGGGAGCGGCAGCUGCAGGAGAUUUCCCAAUCAGGGACGCGGGUUCAAAAGGAGGAUGGAGACACAUCACUUUGCCGGAUGAUUGCACCAGUUUAGGUAGCACCAGCCACUCGACUCUGAACUUUGAUCUUGUUAAUUCGUGUUUUGACUCGCCUUCGACUAGUGGAUUUAUGACCUUGGAUUGUAUUUUGGAUUUGGAAUUGGAUAAUCCCUUACGCCUGUUUUUGUCUCGCUCAGGAUCAUCUCAUCAUCUACUCACCCUCGCUGUCUUCGUUUUCUGGAACAUACUCAUCACGUCCCAUCCUCCUCCGCCGUUCCUGUUUGGCUUUCCCUCUGCUACCUCACCCCUCCUGGAUCUCUCAUCCUCUGCCCAGCGUCCUCACCGGCUUCCCCUCCUCUCCUGAUUAACCUGAGCACCUCAGAGACUCGAGCCGUAUUGCUCAUCCCACAGGACUUCCCUGUGCGGUUUCAGUUCCCGUUUUUAUAAUAAAGACAUUUUACUUUA